CUGGCGGCAGGUGAGAGAGACGAGCUGACAUCUUCCUUGAGCAGGGAUCACCGUCAUGGUCGUCUGUGCCGUAACACCCGCUUUGGUCCUGGUUCUGGCCGUGUGCGCGCUGUGUUGGGAGAACCUGCCUGCCAUCCCAGCGGGGCGCCGUGCGGAGUACUACUUGCUGCAAGGCGACGGCGCCUACAGGUACGGGUAUGACACGGGGGAAGGCCAGAGCGCGGUAGCCAGUGCCGACCAGAGCAACCAGGUGCAGGGCCAGUACUCCUAUGUAGACAGCACGGGGAAGAGGGUCAGCCUUGCCUACACAGCCGGGAACUCUGGGUUCUUACCUCAGCUGGAGGGUGGAGCGACAGCUGCCGGUCGAGUGGGGGUAUCAGGUCCAAGGUCCCGGAACAGCCUCGCAAGUUCCCAGAGCGCCUUCGCGAGCGGUGGCUUUGCCGCCGAUGGAAGACUGGCUGACGAAAACUACGACGACAAUGCAGAUGCCUCCUACUCAUUUUCCAUCGACACUGACAGCUACAAACGUGCUGAGUCCUCCGACGCUAGAGGCAACAUCCGCGGUCAGUACUCAUACAGCAGCCGGGAAGGUGGGAGCCACGGUGUGAGCUACAUCGCAGGAGAGGGCACCGGCUUUGUCGUCACCAGCAGUGACAGUGCUGCAGAUAUCGGUUCCGUUUCGCACAACGCGUACGUCCCUCCCGCUUCGUCAGCCUAUUCUAGAGGGCCAGCAGCUGAUACCAGCAGCAAACUAAACAACGACGGGUCCUAUUCAUUCUCCUUCAGCACAAAUGAUCAGUCUCGGGAAGAAUCAGCCGAUUCUCAGAAUAACGUGAGAGGCAGCUACUCGUUCAAAGCAAAGGACGACGGACGCAUUCGACAUGUAGACUAUGCAGCCGGUUCUGCCACAGGCUUUGUUGCCACAGGAAGUCAUCUUCCAGCUCCUUCAAGAAGUACAGCGUCGUUCCGAUAUCCAUCUCAAGGUCAGUCGAGACCCGCGUCUUUCGGCCAAUCAAGUUCUUCGUCUUUUAGCCAGCCAGGACUUUCGUCUUAUUCAACAGGGGAUGGCAUAUACUCUGCAGGAGAUGGGAAGGUAUCCACAACUAAAGACGCCUCUUCAGUGGGAUUAACUUCAGGCAAGUCUACAUCGUCCGGUUCUUUCUCCCAGACGCCAGUAGGUGAAAGUUCAACGUCAACUGGACUCCAGAAAGAUGGUUCUUAUUCGUUCUCAUAUAAUGCCGGUGACCACAGCCGCCAAGAGUCGGGCGAUGCUCAGAACAAUGUCAGAGGAUCUUACUCCUUCGUAGCUAAGGAUGACGGCCAGGCUAGGCAUAUAGAAUACGAGGCGGGUGCUGCAACUGGUUUCAUUGCCAAGGGGAAUCAUCUGCCUGUGGCUGUAUCUCCUUCUGACACUGGAGGUAGUUACUAUUCUUUUUCUUCACAUCCUUCGGUCAGUUCUUAUUCUGCUGGUGUUCAUGCUCCAGGUUCAUUUGCAGAAGCACGGCACAACAUCCAAGAUCAAAGACGCCAAGAAUCAGGUGACACUAAAAACAAUGUAAACGGAAUCUUCACCUUUAGAUCGAAGGAUAAUGAACAGACACGCCGUGUGGGCUACGAAGCUGAAGCAGGUACUGGGUUUAUUGCUAAAGGGCCACAUAUUCCAGUAGGUCCAUCAGUAACUUCCACAAGCCAGGACGCUACAGGAAUAAGAUACAGCCAUCCAUUUGCCUCAAACCCAUAUGCCGGUUCUAGUAAUGUUCAGGCUCAAAAGGCUUCUGGUGGCUCCUACUCUUUCUCAUAUAAUGCCGGGGAUCAUUCUCGUGCAGAAACAUCUGAUGACCGGGGCAAUGUACGAGGAAGAUACUCUUUUAUUGCUAAAGACGACGGUAGGACGCGGGAAAUAGUUUACGAAGCCGGUGCUGAGAAAGGUUUCAUCGCUAAAGGGUCUCACAUACCAGUAUCAGGCUACGCUAGUACAGUCAGUGGCGCUUCUGAUCAUCAGUUAUCGUCAGCAGUAGGUUCAUUUGGAUCAACCAGUAGUGCUUUUAUUCAUCGGGCAUCGUCAGCUUCCUAUGAAGUUGCCGAAGAUGGCUCUCAGAACGAUCAGAGCAGUGGAGAUGCUUCUUAUUCCUACAGCUACCAGACUGAUAGCAGUAGUAAAGAGGAGAGCUCAGAUGCGCAGGGAAAUGUUGUGGGGAGCUUCUCGUUCCUAGGAGGUGAUGGUGUUAUCAGGAACGUCCAUUACACUUCCAGGGGUAAUGAAGGUUUCAUAGUUUCAGGUGAGAACAUUCCCAAAGGUGGGAGUGGUAACGCAGCUGAAACAAGUGCGGCAUUCGGUGCAUCCAGCGUUCUCUCUGCAGAUGCCAGAUCCUCACGAACGAGACCGCAAGAUGUGGGCCCUGCUACUUUCCAUCUUAAAAAAUUCUUGCCUCCGGAGAGUCCAAGAAAGUUUGGUUACAUCUUCGACACAAAAGUCUGAAGUGACGACUCUACCACUGUGUCCUUACAGCGUUGUGUGUCAGAUAUUCUGAUCUUUCCCAUACUUUGUUACAAUUUAAAAUGAAAGUUCUAUUAGCGUCAGUUAUGUGAUAUAGGUUGUCAAAUUACUUCAUGUAGAGCUGAAAUGAUCUUAUGUAUUGAAAGUAAAGUCGUAGGAAAUAUGAUAUGGUAACAUGAACGAAACAUUUAGGGUGAGGGCACACCAAGGAAACUGGCAAAUGCAACGCAACCGCAAUU